GGACCCUAAGCUCAACUUCCCGGCUGAGAAUUUCUGAUACACUUGACAAACGUGGUCUCCUAAAUAGAUUUACUUUUUAUUUAAGAAAUUAUGAAGCUCUUAGCUCUAGCAAUCAUUGUUUUAACAUGUGCUCUAUUGUCAUUGACAGAAGCAAGACUUUUAAUUCAGCCCCGAUGCCGGUGUACAGAAACAGUGCAAACUUAUAUCCCUGAUGACAGAAUUGUGAAGAUGGAGAAGUUUCAGCCUGGUCCUCACUGCAAAAAUGUAGAAAUAAUUGCUACUGUCAAAUAUCGGAAAGAAACCACGUUGUGCCUCAACCCUAAUGUCAAGUGGGUUCAGGAUGCUCUCAAAAGAAGGAACCUGGCAUAAUAGACAGCUACUGAUCUGAAGAUGGUUGAAGGAACAAAAAGAAGGAAAAGCUGAUGAUAAAAAAUAUAUGUAUCAUCUGAGAAUUUUUGUCAUUAUAUGAGAAUUUAGUUCUAGCUAUAUUUUUAUAUUUUUAUAUGUUAUAAAAAUAAUACAAGCAAUCCAUGGAUAAUUACAGUUUAUUUUGUAUGAAUAUUUUACUAAUACAUCUAAUAAAGUGUUUUUACAAUUUUA